AGGUGUGGAAUCAAGGCACCACAUCUGUUGCAGAUGUGGCACUUGUUCCAGCUGUGUACCCAAGAGCGCAAUUGGGCAUGUUUUCCUCCACCUGACACUGGAUCUGUUCCAACAGCUGCUGAUGGGCUCGGGUCCAAGGGGAACCUCUUGCUCCUCAGCCCUGGACUUUCAUCCCGCUGGAGCUCUGUGAUCCCUGAAGUGCCGCUUGUCCUCCUCCGCCUGAGCUGGCUGGAAGAGCCACAUAGAGCUGGGUGGCUCACCGCUGGCACCAGCCUACCAGGCCUGGGUGCCAGACAUGGGGGUCCUGGGGGCAGUCAUUUCCCAUCCCAUCUGGGCCGCCUGCUCCCUGGUCCUGGCUGUGGCCCUCUGGGCGAGGAGGUGGAGGAGAUGGAGCCCUGGCACUUGCCCUGUGGACCUGAGUGGCAAAACGGCUGUCGUGACUGGAGCCAACAGCGGGAUCGGGAAGUUCGUGGCCCUUGACCUGGCACGCCGGAACGCGCGGACCAUCCUGGCCUGCCGCAGCUUGGAGCGUGGCCAGGCUGCCCUGGAGGAGAUCCGCAGGGCCACCGGGAACCCUCAGGUGCAGCUGCGCAUCCUGGACACCAGCUCCAUGGCCUCCGUGCGGGACUUUGCCCAGCGGUUCCUGGAGGAAGAGAAGCGCCUGGACAUCCUGGUCAAUAACGCAGGAGCCUCAGGUUUGCCGCACACAGUCACCGCCGAGGGCCUGGAGCUGACCUUUGCCACCAAUUUCUUGGGCCCCUUCCUUCUGACCAACCUUCUGCUAGAUGCCAUGAAGGCCUCAGCACCCGCUCGCAUUGUGAACGUGUCGUCAUUCAUGCAUUACUGGGGGAAUCUGGACCUCAAGUUCCUGACCGGAGAGGAGCCACUGAAGAACAGAAGCCAUGUUUACAACAGCACCAAGCUCAUGAACGUGGUCUUCACAGCUGAGCUGGACCGGAGGCUGCGGGGAACAGGGGUGUCGGUCAAUGCUCUCCAUCCCGGAGUCAUCAAGACGGAGAUCAUGCGCUACUACAGCUGGUGGCACCGCUUGCUUUACAGCAUCCUUGGCUUCCUUUUUCUGAAGGGGCCAAGGGAAGGAGCCACCAGCACCCUUUACUGUGCCGUCUCCAAGGAAGUGGAGGGCAUUUCGGGCAAGUACUUUGACAGUGACUGCAGCCUGGCCUUGCCCCUGGCUCUGGCAGAGGACCCGGCCGUGGGGCGCAAGCUCUGGGAGGCCUCAGAGAAGCUAACAGGCCUGGGAAGAAGGGGGCCGCAGGUGGGGGACAAAUAAGCACCCCCCAAAACCUCAAGGCCCUGGAAAGCCAGUCUGGGUGCCCCAAGGCCCCUGAAGGGCAGGAGAGGCGUCUUCUGGGCCCUUGGAGUCCUGCUGGGUGGGUUGGUUUGCUGGGCAUCUUCAUGGCGUUUCUGACUUACAGCAACCCUAAGUCAAACCUAUUAUGGGUUUUCCUUUGUAGAUUUCUUCAGAGUAGCUUUGCCUUUUCUCUCCUUAGAAGCUGAGAGCAUGCAUUGCCCAAGUGGUUUCCUGGGGCUUAGCAUCAGGAUUCAAACCCUGGAAUCCUAGGUCAACAGUCCAAUCGCUACCCCACACCGGCUCCAAUAUGGCAGCCCCCUCCAAGGGCUUUUGCGGCCAGGUUUCUCCAAAGGAGAUUGCCACAAAGUGCCUUCCUCUCAGCCUGAGAAAAGGAGACUCACCAAAGGUGACCCAGGGGUUUCCAGUCAGAGCCCAGAUUCAAAUCCAGGUCUGCCAAAGUCUUAAUCCAACACUCAAAACCACUAGACCAUGCUGCCUCCCUUCCUCUGGGUUAGAGAUCCUCAGAUGUACAUUCCCUUGUCUGAAAAUAUUUUCUCUGCCCAUCCCUCCCCUAAAUUCUUGUCUUUUGCUGUGCUGUUAAGUAUUAUGAUUUAUAAUCCAAUGGGUUCAUCCGCCUUCAUUCAGGCAGAUUUAGCCUUGGCAGCCCCUGGCCAUAGGCAGCGCAGUUGUGGGCUGGGGCUUGUGUGGCCGAUUCGCAGGGGAAACACGUGGCUUAAAUUGGACAAAUAAACUUGUCUUAGAAUAUUU